AUUUCAAAAAUGUACAGAGCCAAACCAACCCUGAACAAGUUAUUAUCGAAGAAAUGGGAAGAGAUUGAGCAGAAACUUCAUGAGAAUAAACUUAAAAUGGUCAAAUCUUGAUUAGACUCAAAAACUCCUUUAAGAUUUAAACAUAUUAGACAAAAUUACAAGAAAGGACAGCAAACAGAAGACCGUUACACAGAAAUUGAAAGAGAGAAUAGAAUUCUUAUGGAGAAAAUGACUCUUAUUUAUUCAAAGCCUAGUAAGAUUAAAAAGAUAUCGAGAGCAGCAAAGAAGGAGCUAGUCUCAAGUCAUUACAAUAAUAGACAAACUCAGAAACUAAAAAUAAACUAUGAAAACCAACAUAUCCUUCGUCGGCUUCAACAACGUACUUCAAACUACAGUGUAAAGGAAUGGAAGAAGGACAAUAAGCAGAGAAGGAAGAUUUUAAAGAACAUUUGUGAAUUUCCUUACCAGAUGCAUAAUCCUCGGUUUCAUAACAACAGAAGUGUCUCUCCACACUUAAGAUUGCCAAAUCAUCGGUUGAACAGCACAAAGCGUUCUAGGAUGGAUUUCUCAACCCGGUCUAACCAGAGAUGUGGAUCUAAGCUGACCUCAACUCUUCAGAUAAACUCAAGAGAUGAUCAGAUGCAUAUACCUCACUUAAGGGAAAGGACUGCUCCUAGGCGUCGCAGGAGGAAGAUCAAGCUAUUGUAUAGACAAGAGGUCUGAAUGAAAAGCUCAGAUGAUAAAGGAAGUCUUUAUAAUAUAGAGAUACUGAAGAACAAGAAGAAUAAACAUAUGUAUUUGAUGGCAAGAAAUGAGUCCUCAGCUGAUAAUAGAGCCAAGGACGAUUACUAUAUCGAGCUAUCUCGAAAGCAAGCUUCAAAAGUGAAGAAAAUAUUUGAUAACAGUUACUCUUCAAUGGUUGAUUCCAUUAGAAUCCACGAUAACAAACUUGUGCUUCUAAAUCUAAACUCCUCUCAACCCUCCAAUCUUCCACCACCAACCUCAGUUCCUCCUCUCCCAAAUCAAACCUCCGAAUCGAGAAACCAAGCACAGGACCCCCUCAGAGAUCCCUCUGAGCCAGACCCAAAGAUUAACAACACAAUUAGCUAGAAUAAUUCCUAUUAAAUCCUCUAUUCUUCAU